GGGAGCGGCCACCCCCCUAGCUGGUGGCAGUGGUACUCUUGUCUCUCCCGACCCCCCAGAGGGCCCUUGAUCCUCAGGAGCCCACAGGGUCGGGACCCGAGGAUGCGCAUCCUCGGCGCGGGCCCUCGGCCGGGGCCGGGGCCGCCCCGCAGCGGAAGCGCCUGCCCCGGGCCGGGCGCCGAGGACCCCCUGGGGCUGCUCUUCGUGCUGCGGCGCUGGCAGUCGCUGCUGCCCGCGCCACACCUGGGCAGGCGGGCGCUGGUGCGCGUGCUCGACGCGGAGGACGGCGAGGGCGGCGGGGCCCGAGCCAGAGGUGAGGGCGGCGGGGCCGGCGCCGGAGCCGGGGCGCCGGUGGAUGCCCGUGCGGUGGCCUCUUGCUUCGGCUGGGAGUCGGUGGUGCUGCUGUGGCGGGGCGCGGGGGCCGCGGGGGGCGGGUACUGCCUGCAGGCGGCCGCCGCAGCAGCAGAGGGCGGCGGCGGCCUCGGCGGCCAGCUGGGCAGCCCGAGCCCGUCGCAGCAGUGCGGCAGCUGGCUCGCGCUGCGCCUGAAGCUGCCGAGGAUCUCCUUCCUGGUCCUGGGCGCACGGGCGGCGGCGGCGACGGCACUCAUGCGGGGCGACAGGCACGCCCUGCCCAGGAUCGUGAGCGUGCCGUGCGAGGUCGCGGGGGACCUCACGAGCUGGAGGGGCUACCUGCUGGCGGCCCGCGUGGGCGCCAGCUGCAUCUUCCGCCUCAGGCACUACGGGACCAGCAAGUCGCUGCCGCUCUUCUCCAACGAGGUCGUGCCGCUGGGGCCCUUCAAGAGCGUGUCCCGCCUGUUCGUCCGCCUCGCCGACCGCGGCGACAGGCCGACGGACAUGGGGACGCUGGACAUGAUGAUGAGUUUCGCCCGCCACCCGGACAUGGAGGCGUCCUGGCCGCUCGGCGUGCUCACUGUGCGCCUCGCCCUCGCCCUCUUCGUUGGCGAGGGCCAGACGGGCCUCUACCAGCUCCACGGCGUCGGAGAGGUCGCCGAGGAGCUUCGCACUGGCAGGGCCCUCACUUCCUCGCACCAGCCCGACCUCCGCUCCAUGCUGGAGCAGGGCCAGAAGGGCGCCCCGCUGGAGCCCCCCGUGGCGCCGCUGUUCCUCUCCGGGUGCGACUUCGUGGCCGCGGUGCGCAGCACCUGGCCGCUCUUCGAGGUGCUCGACGCGCUCAGCCGGCGGCUCUGGCCGCCCGGGCCCGGCGGCGCCGAGGUGGUGCCCGACGGUGAGCUGCUCCAGGAGCUGGCCGCGCAGGGCGUGCUGGCACAGACCCGGCUGGCCCUCGACUCCGCGCUGGCCGCUGCGGCGGAGCGGAACGGGUCGCAGAUGGACAGGA